UUUCCCGCGCUAUUUGAGAUUGAUGAGUUUGAUGCUCCGCUUACAUUAUUCUGCUCAGAACUCUCUUAGAUGUAAAACCCUCCAAUCCUUCCUCUCCAACAGUUUAAACCCUCCAUGGAUCACUCUCCAUUGCAAUUACUACUAUUCUUUCUCUCUAUCUCUCUUGGAAGAGUCCCAAAACACCCGUCAAUUAAAUCAAAUCCUCUCUCAGGUCAUCACCAGCGGCCGCUUCACAGACCCUUUUAUAUCAAGUAAGCUACUUUUAUCUCUCUCAUCUUCUGAUCUCAACUCUGCUCGCAUCCUUUUCUCCCAAAUCUUAAACCCCAAUAUUUUCGCCUGGAAUUUCAUGUUCAGAGCUUACGGUUGUCGCUCCUUGCCUUUGGAAUCGAUCUUUCUUUACAAUUUAAUGCGAAAGAAUGAUGUUUUACCAGAUAACUAUACUUUCCCUUUCAUCCUUAAAGCUUGUAGCCGAAUCCAAUUCCUCGAGAAGGGUGUAGAAAUUCAUGGGUUGAGUCUGAAAUUGGGAUUUGAGUUUGAUGUCUUUGUGCAGAAUUCUCUUAUUUCGAUGUAUUCAGCUUGUGGUGUGAUUGAAAUCGCACGUAGGGUAUUUGAUUUGGUUCCUGUUUGGGUCCGAGACUUGGUGUCUUGGAAUAGUAUGAUUUCAGGGUAUUUGCAGAGGAAUUUUUGUGGGAAAGCAUUGGAAUUGUUUGGUGAAAUGAUUGGUGCUAGUUCAGAGAGGCCGAAUGAGUUAACUACUGCUAGUGCCAUAACGGCUUGUGCAAGGAUUGGGGACCUGGAUUUGGGUAGGAGGGUUCAUGGAUUUGUUACGGUUAAUAGAUUUGUUCUGGAUGUUUUUUUGGGUUCAUCAUUGAUUGAUAUGUAUGCAAAAUGUGGCCGCAUAGAGGAUGCUCGGAAUGUGUUUGAUAGAUUGCCGGAUAGAAAUGUGGUUUGUUGGACGUCUAUGAUUGCAGGUUAUACGCAGUUGGGCUUGUUUAAGGAAGCAAUUCAGUUGUUUAAGGUGAUGCAGAUUGAGAAUGUGAUGGCAGACGAAGUGACAAUUGCUUGUGUUGCUUCUGCAUGUGGGCAUUUGGGUGCACUAAACCAGGGGAAGUGGGUACACGCUUACUGUGAAAGGAAUCGAAUCAAGAUGAACCUUACUGUGAAGAAUUCAUUGAUUGAUUUGUAUGCAAAGAGUGGCGAUAUUAAUAAGGCUCUUGAAAUUUUUCAUAAGUUAAUUCAACGGGAUGUGUUCUCAUGGAGUGUUAUGAUUUCUGGGCUUGCCAUGAAUGGUAAGUCUGAUGAAGCACUGGACUUGUUCUCUGAUAUGUUAUUGUCAAGUGAUGUUGGACCAAAUGAUGUCACAUUUCUUGGGGUGCUAUCUGCUUGUAGUCAUGGUGGGUUGGUGGAAAAGGGAAUUUACUAUUUCAAUUUGAUGACCAAAACGUAUAACCUCACCCCUAGAAUUGAGCACUAUGGCUGUAUGGUUGAUCUUCUUGGACGUGCCAAUCUUUUGGCAGAAGCAGAGAACCUUAUCAGGGCAAUGCCUAUUGAGCCUGAUGCUGUUAUUUGGCGAUCCCUGCUAUUUUCAUGUAAGAUUAAUGGGAAUAUUGAGUUGGCAGAGAUUGCUGCGGGGCAGAUUCUGGAGUUGGAGCCAAGAAAAUGUGGAGCACAUAUUUUGUUGUCUAAUACUUAUGCUGCUGCCUCAAGGUGGAGUGAUGUGAAGAGGGUUAGGAAAAGUAUGAAUGUUCAUGGGAUUCAUAAACAGCCAGGUUGCUCCUUUGUUGAAAUAAAUGGUCUCAUUCAUGAGUUCUUUGUGGCGGACUGUAGACACCCACAAACUGAUAUCAUACAUGAAACUAUCAUUGCAAUGCAUCAACUUUUACAAUCAGAGGGAUAUGUCUUAGAUACUUUUGAUUUUUUAACGAAGAGUUGGAUGGAAGUUGAUUAAUUGUUGUUCAAAUGAGUAUGGAGUUUUCAUCAGAGUUAAAUGUAAUUAGAGUUAUCUUGUCCCAGUAGAUUGGAAUCUCUAUUGUGAGAGACUCCCAACUUUUAGAUAAACUUGGAGAAAGCCUUCUACAGAGAGUCAUUGCCAAGCCACUCA